AGCGAGAGCUAGCCAUCUGCAGCCCCAACUCUCGCUGGGUCCGACCACAGGGCCAUGAGAGCAGCAACAGAGAAAACAGGACAGAUCAGCAAACGCAUCAGCUCAGCAAAGUCAUGAGGCAGGUCAGGCACAGACUGGCAGCCUGUCAGACGGUCCGAGACGGAGAAGUGAUGUCAGAGCUCCCUGGGGGAAUAUGGAAGGUGUCUCCUACCAGAGAUAAACCUGUAUAUCGGGUGACAAGAGAAGAGGAAGGAGAAGAGGAGGAUCAUGAAGAAGAAGAAGAAGAAGAAGAAGAAGAAGAAGAAGAAGAAGAGGAGGAGGAGGAAGAUAUUCCUUUGAUUGGGCAACACGACUCCCCUCUUCAGAACUUUGAUCCUCACGAGGGUCACAGGAGCAAGACUGUCACCUUUGACAACAAUCCGGUGUGUCCGAGGCUCUUUAGUGAGCCUUAUCCUGCAGGUCAUAGUAAUGAGUUUAGUACUGACCAUAGAGCUACUCAAGUGCUGUGGCCCCAAGAAGACCAGGAGGAACUGAAGAGACAGGUGAUUAAGGCCAGUUAGAACUAUAUUAUAGGGUUUUAGUGUUUAUGAUUAUACACCCCUUCUUGGAUGGCUAUCAAAUAACUUUUAUCACUGACCAUAUUUACACACAGCCCUCCACCAAAUCCCCCCUUUAGAAACGCCAUCCCAUCUGGUUUGGGCUUAGUGGGACUAUAAUUUGUUUUUCAACAGGACAAUGACCCAACACACCUC